AAUCAUUUGCAGCUCCCUGCUGUAAUUCAGCUGUUGUGCCCAUUUUUGGAUCAAAGCUGUAAUGAGGUCAGACCAGAGGAAAAUGCUUCAAUAGGAAAUGCAUUUCUGAUUCCAGAGCCAAUUGCAUGAAAAAACAAAACGAAAACUAAGUGAUUACCUUGUGUGAGGGUGGGGAAAUGGAUUUGGAUUUAAUGAACAUGUGUGUCCUGGCAGGAGGCACUCUUGCCAUACCCAUUCUAGCUUUUGUAGCUUCCUUUCUACUGUGUCCUGCAGCACUCAUUAGAUUCUAUUACUGGUACUGGCGAACAACAUUAGGCAUGCAGAUUAAAAAUGCUGACUGUGGCAACUAUCGAUUCUGCUAUUCCUGCCGUGGGAAACCUGGUAGUAAACCUUCCAUUUUGAUGUUACAUGGAUUUUCAGCUCACAAGGACAUGUGGCUAUCUGUGGUGAAGUUUUUACCUAAGAACCUGCACCUGAUCUGUGUUGAUAUGCCAGGCCAUGAGGGCACAACACGUACUUGUGUAGAUGAUUAUUCCAUAGAGGGACAAGUGAACAGGAUUCACCAGUUUGUUGAAUGCAUUGGGUUGAAUAGGAAACCGUUUCAUCUGAUUGGUACAUCAAUGGGUGGUAAUGUUGCUGGUGUAUAUGCUGCUCGGCACCCAACAGACAUCUGUGGCCUAACUCUCAUCUGUCCUGCAGGUCUGCGGUACCCCAAUGAAAGUAAAUUUGUGAAAGAACUGAAGUCAUUAGAGCAAAUAGGAGAUGUUAGUAGAGUUCCCCUUAUUCCGUCUACCCCUGAGGAGAUGGAAGAGAUGCUGAAGCUUUGCUCUUACGUCCGCUUCAAAGUACCUCAGCAGAUUCUUCAGGGCCUUGUGGAUGUUCGACUGCCUCACAAUGACUUUUAUCGUGAAUUUUACUUCCCCCUGCUUGUCAAAGAUGUUAGUGUGGUUGAUGAAGACUACACCAGGCAGAUAGAGAAAAUUAAUGGCAAGAGUGAAGUGUGUAAAGUGUAUCAGCGAUGUGCGAUAAGAAUGAACAUCAUGGUCACAGAUAUCAUAGCUGAAAGUACUAUGAAAGGAAUCAUAUAG